AAUGAGAGAUCGAAGCGCUGCGCGGCAGCCCAGAACCGUUGCCAGCGUGGAGAUAAAGGAACACAAAAUUACAAAAUGGCAGCCCUCGACACGCCGGCCUACGAGAGCACGAAAGCGGCGGCCGCCGACCUGGAUAGAGCCGAGGCUUUAGAAUUUGACGCGGGCCGGCCCUACCAGCUCCUCGUGGCCGAGGCCGAAGCUAGAGCUAGGUUCGAAGAGGAACAGAUGCGCUGUCGCGACGGCGACCGCGUGCGGGAGCUGAUCAGCGUCAGGCAGAACGACGACCACCUGCGCGUCGUGGCGCCGCCUUCUAUAAUAAACGUGGGCGUGCGCGGCGAGCUCAGGCUGCGCAUUGCCGCCCAAAAAGCCGACGAGGUCGUCUACGCCGUCGGCCGCGACGGGCGGCUCCCGGAUUCCUUAGACGGCUGGCGGCGCUCGGACGCGGGCCGCGACGGCGCCAAGGAGGCGCUCCUUACUAUUCCGAAGGGCGGCCGCUACCUCAUCGCGUGCUUCGCGAAGAAGGGCCUCGCCCAGUCCGCGGUCACGGCCGCGUACGUGCAGCACGAGGACCCCCUCUAUUUAUAUACGGAGCGGCACGCGCACGGGCUGCGGCGGUUGGAUGACAACGACCAGGACGGCGACCACGCCUGCGAGCGCUGCGGCGCCACGGUCGAGGGCGCGGGCUACUGCUGUGUGGAGGGUAGUGCCUUUGCGCUCUGCCGGAGCUGCGCGCUGCCAAACGGGGACGAUCAGCGGCGCCUCGCCGUCGACUUCUCCACGGGGUAUCUCGAGGAGGCGAACGCAACGAAGGACCGGACCGCGGCGCUCGACGUCGGCGGCCGGCGCCUCUGGCUGUCGGAGCCGGUCCGCUUCGCGGGCAACGGGUCGCGGGUCCUCGACGAGAAAUUAAUGGCCGUCGCCGCGCGCGCGCUGCGGAGCCACCCGGGCCUCUUCAUACGGUGCGAGGCGCAUUCUACCGGUUGUGGAUUGGAGUGCGACGGGUCCGGUCCGUGCUCCAACGAAAAGUGCCGGAAGCUGUUCGGGGCGCGGGGCGGCGCCGUGGGCUUCUCCCGAAGCCGCGCGGAGGCCGUGGCGGCGUCGCUCGGGGGUGAUCGGGUCGAGGGCGUCGGUCUGGCCGGGUCGCGGCCGCCGAUGGAUACCAAAAACGGGCGCCGCGUCGAGUUCCAUUUGUCCGCGGUAUCCAAGCGCGACGACGACGUGCCGAUGCUUCCGGACUUGCCGCCCGAAUAAAUAAUUCAGUUGUUUUUUA